AUGUCCACUCCGACGGAGAUCUAUGUUGCGGUGAUGGGAGUGACAGGUUCCGGCAAAAGCAACUUCAUCAAAUGUUGCGUUGGGAGGGAUGACAUCGUUGUCGGCGAUGACCUCAGAUCUUUCAAUCUCAUCGACACCCCGGGCUUUGAUGACGAUAAUUUGAGCGACGCCGAUGUCCUACAGAAGAUCUCAGACUGGCUCGCCAACCUGUACCGAGGCGAUAUCAAUCUGAACGGACUUCUAUAUCUGCAUCGCAUUAUCGACAAUCGCUUGUCAGGAACAGCACGGAAGAAUCUCGCCGUCUUCCAAAAGGUGUGCGGGAAUGAUGCCCUCAAGAACGUCACCUUGGUUUCCACCAUGUGGGACAUGGCUGGCGUUAAUCAAAAGUCAAUAAAGCGGGAGACACAACUUCUCCAAGAAGACGGGUUUUGGGGUGAGAUGGUUCGAGAGCAUGGAACGCACGUAGGCCGACAUGACAACACCAAGGAAUCGGCGAUGCAGCUGCUGGCAAGAUUCGUCAAGGGCCCGAACUACAGGGUCGUCGUGGAUCUGCAGCAAGAAGUGAUCGACGGAAAGACGUUGGACCAAACAGCAGCUGGUUUGGAGGUUCUUAGGGAAAUCAACAAGGCAAAAGCGGCUAUCGAGGAAAAACUAAAGCAAUUGGAAGAAGAACUGAAAAGUGCAGCCCAAGACACAGAACGGAAAUUUCUAGUCGCAAAACAGAACGAGAAGAAGGAAAGGUCCAUGAGACUUCAGCUGCAAUGGGAGAAGAUGUACACCGAAAGGAGGUUGAGAGAACAGAAGAAGAAAGAGGAACUGGAAAAUGGUCUCAGCAAGUCAUACGUGGCUUCAGUCGGCACAGUCCUACUUGGCGGCGCGGCAUCGCUUGUAGCGAUGGCCUCCGCUCCGGCAACUGGAGGGGCAUCUCUGGCAGCUGUGCCGAAAAUCUUCGCAAUGGUUGGUGUGUCGCUUGUGGGUGGAAAGGUUUCGCGGGAUCAAGCGCGUGCCGCGGCACAUAAUGACGAUGCGCCCCCUGAUUAUACAAGUAUGUAUGCCUUGGAGGGUAUACUUGAGGUGGAAGAGAUGGAAGAUUGA